CACGAAUCCGGAGGGAGGAUUCAUCACUCCACACUACAAAGACCAUCUCCAAGUCCACACAAAAACUCUCUCCAAAUUUCAUCAAAGAUGCCAUCCGCGAAACCCUUCGCGAACGCCGCCGGUAUGCUGAGAACCCGCCUGAGCUCCGGCCUCCGCACGCGAGGAGGCCAUGGCCCCAACCCUUUCCUCACUCCCGGCCACCAGGAGCGCCCCAACGGCUACCUCUUCAACCGGACCCCGCUGCCCCCCGGACAGUCCCGCAAGUGGGAGGAUUGGGAGCUCCCCUGCUACGUCACCAGCUUCCUCACCAUCGUCAUCCUCGGCGUCGGCCUUAACGCCAAGCCCGAUCUCACAAUCGAGACCUGGGCCCACGGUGAAGCUCUUAAACGCCUCGAACAAGAGUCCAGUGAUGAUUCCGAUUGAAAGAUUGGUGGAUCCAUCUGCAUCUGCGAUUUGUCAAUUAGGGCUUUUAGAGGAAGGCCGCUGAUGCUGAUCCUGAUUGUUGAUAUUCUCUGGUGUAGUUGUUGGAAAAAUAAGUGUUUCUAUUUAAUUCUUGACUUGAAUCGAUAACACUACGAUUUUGUUUCGGAAUUACCUUAAUCUAUGCUCAACUUCAAUAUACAUAUAUUUUCUCAGCCUGCUAAUGACAA